AUGAUGAGCGUGGAGAUGCUCAGUACAGCGCAAUAUGAGAAGAGCAGCGAUAAGAGAAGCUGGCUACCACAAUAUUCUCCUCCGCCUCGCGCCGGCUCACGGCCACAGAUGGGAUCACAUCCAGUACCGCAAAGGCAGCUUGCACACUUUCCUGAUGACGAGGUCAAGGCGGUAUUUUAG